AUGGCUUAUCAGAAGGUUAAGGCAGAUCUAAGAACCUCAGGACAUUCCCAGUACUUAGACAAUGACGACCUUCAAGCCACUGCCCUUGAUUUAGAGUGGGAUAUGGAGAAGGAACUGGAAGAGCCUGGGUUUGACCAGUUUCAACCAGAUAAUGCAGAGCAUCAGAAUUUGGGACACUCUGAGACUUUAGACCUCCAUCUUGAUUCCAUUCAACCAGCAACAUCACCCAAAGGAAGAUUCCAGAGACUUCAAGAAGAGUCUGACUGUGUGUCCCACUACACAAGAUCUGCACCAAAGAACAACCACUGCAACUUCUGCUACAUGUUAAAAAUACUGUGCAUAGCUACCACUCUAUUUAUUUUGGGAAUUAUAAUAGGUUAUUACGCACACAUGAAUUGUCCUUCUGAUGCCCCACCACCAGGAACAAAUAACCCUCAAUUAUACCAAGAUAUUCUCAAGACAAUCAAAGCAGAAGAUAUAAAGAAAUCCUUCAGAAAUUUACUACAACUCUCUGACAGUGAGGAUGACAUGGAAAUCUCAAAGAAGAUUAAGAGUCACUGGAUCGCCUUGGGCUUGGAAGAUCCACAGUUUAUAAACUAUUCAGUGUUGCUGGAUUUUCCUGGGCCCUCCCCAGGCACCAUCACUGUGAGCAGCACUGGCCAGUGCUUUUAUCCUGAUGGCCAACCUUGCAGGAAAGAAGCCAGAGCAGGCCACAGCCAAGAUCUGUUCUUCUCAUUCGCAGCCUAUUCUGCCAAAGGAACUCUCCAGGCUGAUAUCAUCGAUGUGAGUUAUGGAACUAUGGAUGAUUUAAAACGGAUUACAAAGUUGAAAAAUACUACAAAUCAAAUUGCACUCUUGAAGUUAGGAAAAUUACCACUACUGUACAAGGUUAGUCCAAAGGUUCUUAUUUGA